AACUAUUUACAAUCGGGCCGAAGCUGCUGUCACCUCGCCUAAGGGAGGUCCUUGCCUCGGCCCAGACGCUUUUGUGCGGUUCUCAGCCAUGUGCCCUGCCCGGAUUUCCAAGACUCCAGCAACCGCCGCCGGAAGCAAAGUUUCUCCCUUGUCCCUGCCCUCUCGGUGCACGCAGGGCGACUCCACCGCCUGGUGGUUCUGGAGGAAUCGGAUGUGACUUUUCAGGCAGCGCCGGUAACUCCCUGAUCACACAUGACACUGCAGACCAUGGUUUUUCCUGAGAUCUGAGCUGGAUUUGCAAGUUUGGAGAAUCCUUGGAGCUCUGUAACUUCAGAGGCACUGACUGAAAAGAUCACCAUUUUCAAGAGUUCCACGCUUUGCCAUUCACCUCUCAUAACUGUGUGCCAAAGAGGACUCCAUGAAAGAUGACAGAGGAAGUCAUUGUCAUAGCCAAGUGGGACUACACUGCCCAGCAGGAACAGGAACUUGACAUCAAGAAGAACGAGCGCCUGUGGCUGCUGGACGACUCUAAGACGUGGUGGCGUGUGCGGAACGCAGCCAACAGGACAGGCUAUGUGCCGUCCAACUACGUGGAGCGCAAGAACAGCCUGAAGAAGGGCUCACUGGUGAAGAACCUCAAGGACACUCUGGGCCUCGGCAGGACUCGCAGGAAGCCCAGCGCGCGGGACGCGUCCCCGACACCCAGCACGGAUGCUGAGUUCCCAGCCAAUGGUGCAGCCGACCGCAUCUACGACCUCAGCAUCCCGGCCUUUGUCAAGUUCGCCUAUGUGGCCGAGCGUGAGGACGAGCUGUCCCUGGUGAAGGGCUCUCGAGUCACUGUCAUGGAGAAGUGCAGCGACGGCUGGUGGCGGGGCAGCUUCAAUGGGCAGGUGGGCUGGUUCCCAUCCAACUAUGUGCUGGAGGAAGUGGACUCGGCAGCCGCCGAACUCCCUGGGAUGCCCGGGCCACGCAGGGCCCCCGGCCUGAGCCUUACUCGGGGUACGCUGCACGUGGUGCAGACACUGUACCCGUUUAGCUCGGCCACUGAGGAGGAGCUGAACUUCGACAAAGGCGAGACCAUGGAGGUUAUCGAGAAGCCCGAGAACGACCCUGAGUGGUGGAAGUGCAAAAACGCUCGGGGCCAGGUGGGCCUGGUCCCCAAGAACUACGUGAUGGUGCUGAGCGAUGGGCCGGCCCCGCACCCCGUGCCCACCUCCCACCCGGGCUUCUCGGGGCCCUCAGCCAGCGGGCGCUUCGCGGGCCGAGAGUGGUACUAUGGCAGUGUGACGCGCCACCAGGCCGAGUGCGUGCUCAACGAGCGGGGCGUGGAGGGCGACUUCCUCGUCAGAGACAGUGAGUCCUCGCCCAGCGACUUCUCUGUGUCUCUCAAAGCGUCAGGGAAGAACAAGCACUUCAAGGUGCAGCUGGUGGACAAUGUCUACUGCAUCGGGCAGCGGCGCUUCCACAGUAUGGAUGAGCUGGUGGAGCACUACAAGAAGGCACCCAUCUUCACCAGCGAGCAUGGCGAGAAGCUCUACCUCGUCCGGGCCCUGCAGUGACAGUGGUGGCUGCACCCCCAGCUCCAGGCUUUCUCGGCCACCUCACCUGCUGCCCAGCCAGCAGCGCUGUCUUUCUGACCAGCUCGGGUAGUCUCUCACCCGCCACCCCAGGCCUCCCAGCCUCUGUCGGGAGCUGUUCCAGGGUGUCCCGGUGCUUGGGCUCACUGUCGCCGCAAGGACAUCAGGCAACAGUGAACCAGUGGGCUGCACAGGUUUGGUCGGCGCCGUCCCGGCUUCAGCCUCCCCUGCCACUGGGCAGCAGAUGCCAGGCCCGGUGUCUGCAGCCCUCCUGGGCUCCCAGCUCUGCAGGAGGGGACUUGGGGUGAUAGCAAUACUGGAACCCGGUUAAGUCGGCCGGGGGAAGCUGCCAGUGCCUUCGAGGCUGCGCGUGCAAUGAGUUCUCCUGAGAGUCAGUCUGCACGCGCGGAAACCUGUGACGCGGAAAGACAUGUUGGUGAUUGACCCUAGAUGUGCCAUCACAGUGCUUCCUCCUCUUGCCCUUUGGCUUGUUUGAAUUUCACAAUUAUGUAUUUAAUUCUCAAAGUAAUAUGUAUCUGUAGCCGUUUGUUGACACUAAUAGCAGAUGAUUAAGGAAAAGAGCUGAUCUUUGGGAAGGGAAGCUAUCUGUACUUUAUACACACACUAUACAUACAUAUAUAUAUAUAUAAUAUGUGCAUAUUAUAUAUAUAUUAUUUGCUUUACAGGGAAAUUUUUUCAGGGUUUACAAAAGACUAUGUGAUUGGUAGGAAAAGACACCCAGAAUGUUUAUUAAGAAAUUGAAUUUUCCUUUUUCUUUACAUUUGAACUUCUUUAUAGUUGAAAUAUACAAUCCUGAGGUGGCACACUCCUACAAUUGAAGAAGGGGUCUUGAGAUCCCCUAAACUUGCAUACCCAGUUUUUUGGAUAUUGUAAUAAAAAAAGUAUUACAACAAGACUGCAGGUGUUUAUGGGUGGGAAAAAUGGACUUGGUCGUGGGCAAGGAGAGGUGGCUGUUUUCUGAAAACUCAAUGCCCAGAGGGAGUUGCUUAGCACCUAUGCUACUCACGUGUUUUCCUUUCCCACCCCCAGUUUUGCACAUUGAAAUAUAAACUUUAAUGGGUACAACUCCAGGAGAGCCCAGGAAGUCGAGCUUGACCUUUACUCUUUGGAGAGUAUUGGUUUGAAAAAUCCACUUACUAAGCCAUCAUUAGCUGCAGUUCUCAGUCACUGCCCCCUUACCUGGAACCUGGGGCUCUUGGCCAGUGACCUGGCUUGUGCCAGGCAGGUCUGUGUCCCCAUAGCCAUGACAGCUCCUGCUGCGUGUAAGAACUCGUGCUGCACCUGGCAAGGUGUCUGCUGCUCCCCAUGGCCCUGGGUGAGGAUCUGCUGUCACCUACUCUCAGAUGAAGACACUGUGAAGCCAGCAAGGCCAUGUGGCCACUCUGUGGGAUAGCAGGGCCAACCCCAGGUUCUGCUCCAGGCUCAGCGCUGCCCACUCCAUCCUGGAAGGAAUUCAAGAGGCUGGGGCACUGCAAGCUCGAGUCCAGUUUGGGCAACUUAGUAUCUUAGUGAGACCCUGUUUUAAAAUAAAAAGUCAAAAAGGUAUAGGGAUGCAGCUCACUGCAAAGGCCCUGGGUUCAAACCCUAGUACUAAGAAAGAGAUUUCUACGAGUUUGUACUUUCCUGAGUUUGUUCUCUUUUUGCUGCUUUUGAUGAAGUUGAGUGUCUGAUACCUGAGUUUGCCAGCGACGUCCUAGGAGAGAUGUCGAAGUAGACAAAGCAGAUAGAGAUGUUGUCCAUUUUACUGUGGAGAAACACAGGUCCUGUGGAUGUCAGGGCCCCUGGAGUGUGCAACAGUGACCUGCUGGAAUCCCUCUGAAUGGCAGUGUGUGCACAGCAGAAAGUGGGGAGGAAAUGCAGUAUGGUUGGGGCCAGGGCAGUGCACUUUUUGGCCUGAGGAGUUGCUUCUUCUUUUUUUUUUUUUUGGUACCAGGGAUCAAACUGGGGUCCUUGAGCUUGCACAGCAGGCAGUGAAACCACUGAGCUAAAUCCCCAGCCCUGAGGAGCUUCUUGAAAGCUUGUAGUUGGUGCUGCUGUUUCCAGUUUCACCACAGGCAACCCAUGAGAGCCCACUGCUGCCCUGGCCGGAUCUAGAUGAGUGUUUGUUUAUCAAGGAGCCAGCACCCUGGGACAUCCUGGAGCUGCCUCUUCUGUCACCUGCUCCCACCGUGAUGUCCUGUGUCGCUGCAGGACCAGAGCCACAGGCCAAGCCACCAUGGAUAGGAGCCUUCAGAACCAUGAGCCAAAGUCAGCCUUUUCCUGUGUCUAAGUUGUCUUAGGCAUUUUGUCACAGCAGCAGAAAGGUAGCACAGGGUUUGUUCAGGGGGCCAGGUGCAUUAACAGGGCCAUCUCAGUCCCAGGACCUUGUAGGAUGCUAGCCGCUGUCUUGUGAUGCUCAUGGGCCCCUCUGCAGCACUGGAGAUGGCUCAGAGCCAUGCGUGGGGAAACCCAGCUGGUUCUUAUCAGCCCUGUAACUUCAUAGGAACAACCUUGCUUCUCUGAAUGUAAAGGUUUGUGAGCGAGACAGGGCUGCUAUCCAUCUCUGAAACUCAAAGUCAUGAGAGCAUCAGCCAGGGAAGCCCGAAACCUCAGCCCUACACCAACCUUACCUCCUUACCAGAUGUGGUCAACAAUUCCCAUCCCUAAAAAUGGUUGUCCUCAGAGCAUGGAGGAGGUGGGCAACACUCAGCCUGCACCUGCCAGCACAGAGGCUAUGGGUACUAGGUUGGGGGAGCUGGUCAGGACACUGGGCCCCCAGCAUUUGGGGCUCCAUGGAAGCUGCCAAGUUACAUCAGUUCACUCAGACUCUGGGCUGUGGCUCUAGCCACUAGGGGACCUUCACCUUCCUAUAAGAUCCUCAGCCACUCAGGUUCCUGAUGGCCCAGCUCACUGGUACAGAGCUGCGUGAUAUAGGCAGCCCUUAAAGAUGGCCCUGGAGUACUUAGACCUCUGUAUAGGUUUACAUAAUGUGAAGUGCUCAGAACCCUGUGUAGCUUGUUAAAUGCAUUUAACAAAAGGGAAACCUGUGAGUUAAUGUGCUAACUUGUCUAAAUGAAGCUGAUGGUGAGUGUUCCAAGAUUUGAGACCUCACCAGGCGUCUGUACCUGAAGCACCAGUGAAAUGAUUUUAACCCCAAACUCUAUGCAACCACAUACAGAGCUAGCAGAAUUUGUUUCCACGCAUAGUCAGGGGAUCCCGUAAAGGAGCCAGGAGCCAGACAGUACGGAAAGUGAAGUAAUGGUGCCAGCCAAGAUAUCGGCCCAACCAGAAUGCAGAUGUCUACAUAGCAUCCAAGCCUCACCAACCCCAUCACGGUGGUUGCUCCAGGUGCUGGGGAUUCAAGUGCUGUCUUGGCUACAAGUGGUUUGGAAGUGAUCUUUGGUGCCAGUCCACCCUUACUGUCCCCAUGUCUGGCAUCUGUGGUCCAUCUUUAAGGUUGCUUUUUCUUUUCCCUCAAGGCUGAGAUGGUGAUAUUGGCUACUCAAUAACCUGGAGAUCAUUUGGCGGAAUUAGAGAUAUUUAUACUUUCUUCACACUUUUUAAUAUAACCCAGAUUUUCUACAAUGGAUAUGAAUUAUCUGAAUGAAAAACAAAGACAAAAAAUUUCAUAUAUUAUGAAUCACGUGGAUCCAAAUUCUUUGAAUCCUACAGAUGCUCAACUUGAUUAUACUGAUUGUAGAAAAAUAUUUAGGAGAUAGAUUUCUGAUCUCCACCCUGCUUGGUUUCCCAGAGAUAAUUAGAAGGUGCUUUUAUCUUUAGUCAAUAUUUUCACCAAAAACACCUGUUAACAAUAUUUGCCAAAUUUAAAAAUGGAAUGACAUCAAUUAACAGCACAUUGGAUGUUGUGGAAUAUUGAACUCAUUCUAUAUAAUCUAGAAAAAUUUCUCAAGAACCUUCUCAAUAAAUCCUACCCUGACUGUCAUAUUAAUACUAUGCCCUGCCCCUUUUUUUGCUCAUUUCCCCCCAUAGUACUUACCAGUUUCUGACGGAUGAAUAAUUUCUUUAUUUACUAUGGUCAUUAUUUACUCUGUCCAACACAGGGCCAGAGUGAAGUUCUAUGAGGACAGGGUUGUUUUAACUUCUUUCUCAGAAGGAAUCUUGUGCCUCUUAUGCCCCCAGUCAAAACAUGCACUAGUAAUAGUUCAUUCACCAUGGGUGAACACCAGUCACAGCUGAUCAGAAAUGUUACCACCUGCAGAAACAGGUCUAAGUGUUUCUCCAGGACAGACUGUCAACCCCAGAGGACGCUGGACUGCCCAGCCAACUUUCCUUGUUUUCACACAGUCUCAACUAAAUGUCUGCACCUGUUGCCAAGGGACAGAGGGUGACUGUGACCCAGUGACUCAUUUGGUUAAAGACAUUGCAGUGUCUUGAGACCUACCAGUCUCGUUUGGACUUCACACUCUCAGGGGUUUCUGUCUGACCUCCACUGAAAAUGCCCAACAGUUUCCCACCUAGGACAAACUGUCCUCUCGUCACAUCACUUCUGACACCCCCAGGCCCUCAGCACCAGCUGGUGGCAGAGCCUGGCUCUUCUAGUGCCUCUUCAUCCUGAACCACCACACCAGACCAUGACCCCGGGGCUCCUUCUGCACAGAAGAUUUGCACAAAGACUUCUCUCAUCACUGUUUCUCUCUGUCUCUGAGGUCCCUGGGCUGAGGCUCUGGGUUGGAACUCAACCCGCAGCUAAGUGCAGCAACACAACUGGGCCAUUGUGAGCUGCAGUCAGCAGAAGGGUGGCGCCCAGGGUGACUCACUAGGCCACCUGCUGGGUGGGAGCCAGAGGGCCUUGGGGCCUCUGAGUGGUCCAGUUUCUGGGAUGCCCCCCAACUCAUCCACAUCCCUGAUCUGAGCCCCUGCUGGGGACAGCAUCCUUCUGCUGACCUGUGCUGCAUUUCCUCUGCCUUCACUUCUCUCUACCCAGGCAAAGGUCAAGAGGCCAGACCCUGCCUGCUGCAGCACCAGCCACACCAGUUCUGGAGCCAGAGCCCAGGCCUCGGUCAGCUCCAAGUGUCAGAAGCCUGCAGGCUGUGGCAUUUCUGGCUGGAUUCAGAGGCUAGCA